GCCCACUUCCAGUGAAGUUUUCGUCCGUCAGUUGGCGAAUGAAUGGGGAGGAGGCGGCGGGGUUUUCCCUUGAGGCGAACACGACAGUUUUAAAGUUUAAUUUUGUUUCCCCCUCUCCCUCUCCCCCCCUGACUGGAUCCGGAUCCGGGUUUGUAAUCUGUCCCCGAGCGGGGUUUUCGGUUGCGGGUCCGUUCGCCAUUGUUUGGAGCCGCGGCUGAGGGAAGGGGGAGAUGGCGGAGCUGGUGCAGCGUCUCGGCGCCUGUUUCCCCGCCUGCCGCUCCAGCCAGAGUGAGCGGGCUCAGCGCCGCCGCAGCCGACAGAUCGACGCGUCGCUGGCCCGCGAACGGCGCUACGUGAGGCGCCUGGUCAAGAUCCUGCUGCUCGGCGCCGGCGAGAGCGGCAAGAGCACCUUCCUCAAGCAGAUGAGGAUCAUCCACGGCAAGGACUUCGACAGCAAGGCGCUGGAGGAGUUCAGGGACACUAUCUUCGAAAAUGUCAUUAAGGGUAUGAAGGUUUUGGUGGAUGCAAGAAACAAGCUGGGCAUUCCUUGGGAAAACACUGAAAAUGAGAAACAUGGAAUGUUUGUAAUGGCAUUUGAAAACAAAUGUGGAAUGCCAGUCGAACCAGCCACAUUUCAAUUGUAUGUGCCAGCACUGAGAGCCCUCUGGCAAGAUUCAGGAAUCCAGGAGGCAUACAACCGAAGACGAGAGUUUCAGCUGGGUGAAUCAGUGAAGUAUUUCUUGGAUAACCUUGACCAAAUUGGACAACUGAGUUACCUUCCCAGCAGGCAUGAUGUCCUUCUUGCAAGAAAAGCCACCAAAGGAAUUGUGGAGCACGAUUUUGUCAUAAAAGGCAUUCCCUUCAAAAUGGUGGAUGUAGGUGGUCAACGAUCUCAACGGCAGAAAUGGUUUCAGUGCUUUGAUGGAAUUACUUCCAUUUUGUUUAUGGUCUCCUCCAGUGAAUAUGACCAGGUUCUUAUGGAAGACAGGCGGACAAACCGUCUGGUUGAAUCAAUGAACAUUUUCGAGACAAUUGUAAACAACAAAUUAUUUUCUUCUGUCUCCGUUAUUUUGUUUCUCAACAAAAUGGACUUGCUUGUCGGGAAGGUGAAAACGGUCAGUAUUAAGAAAUAUUUCCCAGACUUUGGAUGGGAACCUCACAAACUGGAGGAUGUACAAAAAUACCUGGUGCUGUGCUUUAAUAACAAACGACGAGAUCGCAGCAAGCCACUGUUUCACCACUUCACAACAGCCAUCGACACCGAAAACAUUCGGUUUGUGUUUCAUGCCGUGAAGGACACUAUCUUGCAGGAGAAUUUGAAAGAUGUAAUGCUGCAGUGAAGAGAGAAGUGAAGAGAUCGCUGGAUUUUGCAUUGGUCCUUGGUAUUCCCUGUGCCACUUGCACUUUGAAUUCAGACUGGCCGGAGGGAUAUAGAAAUUGCAGUGACUUUGAGUGAAAGCUUGAUGCUUGACUGCAUCAUGGAAGUGCUUACAAGUGUCCUUUUUCAGUUCUGUAAAAGUUCUCAGAAGCAUAGUGAGCAAUAGUUCUAGACAUUCGUUGCACUUGGGUCUCUUUUCUGAUGUUUUGUGUUAAAUGGGAAGGGUGGGCAAUGAACAAUCAAGUUUCAUGCACCAAACUGGCAAUUACCAUGAUUGAUCUGCAUGGACAAAGGUUUUGGAAUAUUAUCUGUCUAUCCAAGCUACUCAGUAGAUUCCAUCCCAUUCUGGAAUUUGGUUCUUUACUGCUGCUUAAUGUAGACUUGAUCUGGGAUGUGCAGUCCCUUUUUGGCAGUGGAUGGCGGUUUUUUGUUUUUUUUAAAGAGAGCUGUGGAUUGUAAUUAAAAUGGGUUAAAAUUACAGCAAUGCUACUUUUUGGAUGAAUAUAAUAGUCCCAGUUUAACAGUUGAUUUAAUUGUGUUUCUAACACUUUCAUGGCCAGGUACAACUGCUGUUUAGUACUGCAUGGAAUUCUGUUCCAUUGUGAAUUUGUCUUUGUUAUUGACAACUAUUAUUUUCAUAAAGUUCCUUUGGAGAUA